AUGAACAUCGUCCAAUCCCUCUUUGGCCGGGGCAUGUCGCCAACAGAACGUCUCAGGCAACAUCAGAGAACACUUCAGAAAGCACAGCGAGAGCUCGACCGCGAACGCACAAAGCUUGAGCAGCAGGAGAAGAAGCUCACUCAGGAUAUCAAGAAGAGUGCGCGCGCCGGUCAGAUGCCCGCAUGCAAAGUCAUGGCGAAAGACUUGGUCCGGACAAGAAGACACAUCCACAAAUUCUAUCAGAUGAAGACACAGUUGCAAGCCGUCUCGUUACGCAUCCAGACGCUGCGAAGCAAUCAACAGAUGGCUGAGGCCAUGAAGGGAGCAACAAGAGCGAUGGGCACGAUGAACAGGAGCAUGAACCUUCCGGCCAUCCAACGUAUCAUGCGCGAUUUCGAACGCGAGAGCGCCACGAUGGACAUGAAGGACGAGAUGAUGGGCGAGGCCGUGGACGAAGCCAUGGACGACGAGGAUGAAGGCGUCGGAGAAGAGGAAGAGUCAGACAACAUUCUCAAAGAGGUGCUCGACGAGAUUGGCGUUUCCGUAGGUCAGCAGCUCGGUGAAGCACCCACAGCCGCACUAUCAGCACCGCAAGCUGCGCCGCAGCAGCGUGUUGCGAUCGGAGAAGGUGCGGGGGGAGCAGUUGGUGGAGGUGGCGCUAGCAAGGACGAAGACGCUCUUCAGGCUCGGCUCGACAACUUGCGACGCGAUUGA